UUUGACAACUGCAAUAAAAAAAAUAGAGUUUGACAACUAAACAAUUUUGUGAUUACGAGUGAAGACUUGAUUUUAUUCCAAUUUAUAAAUAAAAGGCGCAGAAACCAACUAUGACUAUUUAUAAUUUAUAUAUAUUCGAUCGAUAUGGCACACUACUUUACUAUGGAGAAUGGAAUAGAUCUAAACAAUCAGGAAUGUCGCGAGAGGAGGAGGGAAAAUUAAUGUAUGGUAUGCUGUUCUCAAUCAAAUCGUUUGUUGCCAAGAUAUCUCCACUGGACCCGAAAGAAGGUUUUAUGCAUUACAAAACUUCCAAGUACACUUUACACUGUCUUGAAACCCCCUCUGGAUUAAAGUUUGUCAUGAAUACUGAUAAUCAAGCUCAAGGUGUCAGAGACUUAUUAAAAAAGAUCUAUGGAGAAAUAUAUGUUAAGUAUGCUAUAAGGAAUCCCAUGUGUGGCAUCGGUGAACCUAUUACUAGUGAAUUAUUUAAGAAUAAAUUAGAUGCUUUUAUCAAACAAUCACCUAUACAAUACGCCAGAGCUUCCUGAUAAUUUAUUUAUAAUUUUGUGGAUUGAAUGAAAUCUCCAGAGAUUAUCAGAGUGUAAUAAUAUUAUGGUAACUUAUGUUUAUGAAGCAUGCUAAGUAAUUAAUUUGUAUUUAUAUUUUUAGUAUGAGAUGAGAUAAGAAAUAAAUGUAUAUUAUGGCUUA